AUGUACUGGACUCGGUCGUGGCGCUCAGUUCUGCUGCUAGCCCUUGGCGUAGGGGGACAGACUCGAUUGGUGACAGUUCCUACCUUCCCUUUCAUCGAAGCCGGUGACACUUACCACCUUGAUCAAUUGACGACCAUUGUGGUGGAUAUCGACUAUGCCGAUGCCGUCGAUCACGAUGGACAAACGCUGAUACCCCCGACCCUUCAUCAGUUCGCUGAGACCUUCCAAGAAGACCUCGAGUCCUCGAUAGGUCUGAGCUUACCCCUCAAUCUCAGCUCGGAUUCUAUACCGGACUCCAUUUUUCUUACCCUGACCAACAACAGUGACUUCCAAGAUGCCGCCGGACGUCCCACUGCGGAGGCGUACACUCUCAAUAUUCAUGAUAACGGCAUCAUAAUUGCCGGUGCAAGCCCACUGGGCGCUUGGUGGGGAACUAGAUCUCUCAUCCAGACAGCCGUAGUGGCUGGAAGGGAGCUCCCCCAAGGAUCCGGGCUAGAUGCUCCUGGAUGGGCUAACAGAGGCGUCAUGCUAGAUGUCGGGCGUCAUUACUAUCCCCCCGAAUUCCUAACCGAGAUGUGCUCUUAUCUCUCAUUCUUCAAGCAGAAUGUAUUUCAUGUUCACCUGAGCGACAAUCUUUACAACAACGUCGAUCGAUAUUCAAGGCAAGAAUCGAUGGACUUAUACGCAGCUUUCCGCCUUUGGUCCGAUGACUCGGCCGUGGCCGGAUUGAACAAACGAGCCAAUGAAUCGUAUACAUACGACCAAUUCCACCAGAUUCAAUUGCAAUGUGCUCAGCGAGGUGUGACGAUUAUACCGGAAAUCGAGGCACCGGGACAUGCCUUGGUCAUGGUGCAAUGGCGUCCAGAGUUAGGGCUCGACGAUCUUAGUAUGCUCAAUAUCAGCCACCCAGACACAAUUCCCACCAUGAAAGCGAUAUGGGAGACGUUCCUUCCUUGGUUCCAGAGUAAAACCGUUCACAUCGGGGCAGAUGAGUAUGAAAGUAACUUGGUCGCUGAUUACACAAGCUUUGUCAAUGAAUUAUAUUCGUACAUCUCUGAGGAGUCAGGCAAGGCUAUGAGGAUCUGGGGCACCUUCACGCCGGAACAAGGGGCUGACGUUUCAACCGAGGUGUCGGUCCAACAUUGGGAGGCCUUUGAGGACAAUGCGUAUUACGAUUUCAUUCAAAACGGCUACGACGUGCUUAAUUCAGACGAUGCGUCCUACAUCGUGGCUAAAUGGUCGGGAAGCUACCCCCAGCAGUUGAACAAAACACGAAUCUUCCAUGGAGAUCCUGUCGGCGGAGCAUUUGCUCCAAAUAUCUUUGACAUUAACAAUCCGUCCAACAACCCUCCGCGAGACAACGACCGUGUGCUUGGCCACGUUGCCGCGCUAUGGAAUGACUAUGGGCCCAACGCCACCACCGUUCUGGAGACUUAUCAUUCCUGGCGGGAUCUGCUUCCCGCGCUGGGUGACAAACAAUGGGGCGGGGAUCUCCUCGAAGAGGAGUAUGAUCUGGUCUUUGAAAAACUUCAUGCGGCCAUACCGGCGCAGAAUCUAGACCGCCAAGUUCGGAGCAAGACCGAUACAAUACUGCACUACGAAUUCGAUGAGGACACUCAAACUGUUACUGAUCUAUCUGGAAAUGGGUACGAUGGUACAGUGCAUGGAUGUGAUAUUCAAGAUUCGGCCCUAAUACUUUCCGACGGCUGCUAUUUGGAGACGCCCUUGGGCAGCAAAGGGAGGGACUACACAUUAUCAUUCUCAGUGAAACCCUCGUCAGAUGCCCCUGGCAUUCUUUUCGCCGGUCCCGACUCGAUUCUCACGAAUGGAGAUGGAUCUAUCAGCGAAGUGACCUUCAUAAGUGGCGGCAACUCAUACUCGCUGAAUUACAGCCUUCCGCUGGAUACCUGGACGGAUGUUUCUUUGGUCGGAAAGGGUGCCCAUACAUUCUUAACCGCGGAAUCUACCUCCAUGGAAUUUCUCGCUCGACUGGGAAUAAAUGGGGAACGACAACUAUGGGCGCCUGUUGCGAUUGAGGCGCCGCUCAGUCGGAUCGGAGAGGGCUUUAAUGGGAUGAUCAGGGACAUUGUUUUACUGAGGAAUGCGGAGUGA